CACAAAAACAAUAAAAUCAUUUUUGAAUUUUUGUCAUAGUAGUGUCUCUUCAUGCACUGAGUCACUGUGUGUGAUUAGACUAACACAAAAAAAAAAUCGAAAAUCAAUCCUUUUAAUCCAAGUUUUCGCGCUCGCUCCGAAGCUGCAUUUCGCUUAGCUCCGAAGAAGCUCGGCGAAGGAGAUGAGGAGCAUGCUGUUGUUGUCACUGUGGAUUGGUGUGGCUGUAUGCUCAGUGGCGUCGGUGGUUGGGAGCGGAUCUAGCGAGGGAGAUACAGAGAUAGCGAUAUCGAUACUGGAGAAGAAACUGAUGGCGGCUGAGGAGCAGGUCACCAUGGUGCCUCUCACCUUGAUUCAAAGAGCUGCCUCCAAAGGAGCUGUGUGCUUAGAUGGGACGUUACCUGGUUAUCAUCUAGAUCGUGGUUUCGGCUCUGGUGCUAACAAUUGGCUUAUCCAACUUGAGGGUGGGGGAUGGUGUAACAACCAUAGGAGCUGUGUGUAUCGCAAAACAAGUCGUCGUGGCUCCUCUAAUUUCAUGGAAAAGACUUUGCCUUUUACUGGCAUCUUGAGCAAUAAACCUCAAGACAAUCCCGACUUCUUUAACUGGAAUAGGAUCAAGUUGCGUUACUGUGAUGGUGCCUCUUUCGCUGGGGAUAGUCAGGAUGAGAGUUCCCAAAUUUUCUACCGAGGGCAACGGAUUUGGCAAGCGGCUAUGGAAGAGUUCUGGUCUUUAGGCAUGCAGCAAGCAAACCAGGCUCUGCUUUCUGGAUGCUCAGCCGGAGGAUUAGCUUCCAUCUUGCACUGUGAUCAGUUCAGAGAGCUCUUGCCUAGUUCCACUAAAGUCAAGUGCUUAAGUGAUGCUGGAAUGUUUCUAGACGCAGUGGAUGUCUCUGGGGGCCACUCGCUCAGGAAUAUGUUCCAAGGUGUUGUUACUGUGCAGAACCUCCAGAAGGGCUUGUCCAGCACUUGUACAAACCAUUUAGAUCCUACCUCGUGCUUCUUUCCCCAGAACUUGGUUUCAGACAUCAAAACCCCAAUGUUUCUUCUCAACACAGCAUAUGACUCGUGGCAGAUCCAAGAGAGCUUAGCUCCUAAAACUGCUGACCCAGGCGGCAUCUGGAAGGCGUGCAAAGCAGAUCACUCGCAAUGUAACUCAUCACAGAUCCAAUUCUUCCAAGAAUUCAGGAAUCAAAUGCUAUUUGCCGUAAAUUCAUUCUCCACAUCCGACCAGAACGGUCUUUUCAUAAACUCUUGCUUCGCGCAUUGUCAAACUGAAAGACAGGACACUUGGUUUGCCCAAGAUUCUCCCCAACUCAACGGAAAGAGAGUUGCAGAGACUGUAGGUGACUGGUACUUCGACCGAGCCAAAAGUGUCAAAGCCAUCGACUGUGCUUACCCAUGUGACAAAACAUGUCACAAUCUGAUUUUCGAUGUUCAUCAAACAGGUGUAGAUUGGAGUGUUGAUCAAACAGCUCUAGAGAUCUCAGCUUCUUCUUCUUCUUCUUCAAGAUUUUGUUUUACUCUUUUCAGAGCCUCUUUGGUCUCUCUAUUGUUGACAACGCUCAUCCUCAUAUGCUUAGUUCAGUAGGUAUAGGGAGACCUUAUUCUUUCAUACCUCAUAGUUUUUAUAACCUUUUGAUUCAAAUGUUGAAUCUAAGUUAGUAAUCAAAUCUAUGUAUGCAGAACAGAAUAUAUCACUAAGAGAAAAAAAAAACAAGAAAUAAAAACUCAUGGUUAUACUGUA